AUGCUCUUCUACAAAUGUUAUUGUUCAACAUUUGCCGGCACUUUCAAAGCAUGCUCACAACGUCGCCAUCGCUUGCACGGAAGAGGAGAAUCUGCACACUUUUCCGCUUCAACUGCAAGGCUUGACUUUGGCUCUUCUUCUUUGAGGCAAAGGGUGCCAGAGGACAGACCUUCGGGAAGGGUGGGGCACGGACACAUCAAAAACUGCCUCCAGACGCGACGCUUGAGGCAGUUCGGCUCUCGGUUGUCACCUCAGAACAACUCGGAGUCUGGAGUCUGGAGUCUGGCACCUAAACACCUGGAACGUGAAACCGAAACUUUGACUCUAAAAUCUGAAACUGGAAAUCCAGAUCAUGUAAGCUGGAUCGUGAAAUAUGGAACCUACAACCACGUCAUGCAACUGGAGCUCUGGUUGAUCGCUGACCGCCACGGACUUGGUCUUACGACCCUCUCGAGUGGCAUGCACACGACUCGGACGUCUGCUGGGACGAGUGUGCAGACGCGUCCGUCCCGUCGUCCCCUCGGACCAACCGAGCCCCCCUCCCCUCUCAAGAAGGACUCGAUCUCAGGCCCCUUCCGGUGGAGCUCAACACCGGCGACUCCCCACGGAGACCGCAACUGA